AGACGGAAACACUCGCUGCCUGUGUAGAUGGACCCAGUGUGCUGAUGUUUGGAAGUAGUAACGUUAGUUUGAGUUAGUAACGGCAGGAGCGACCGGGACAAUAAUCUUAAUGCCGGAUUAAGCUGGUUUUUAAAAACCAGGGUUUGACAUCGAUGGAAUAUAUUUUAUAGUGUUGAUAUAACGUUACACAAUCUCAGGUAAGUUGCUUUGAAAUGCCUUUGUUUGGGAAGAUAGUGGUGAUCAAGAGAAAUGGAGGAGAUGGCACUGAAUUCCCCCUCACAGCAUCCUGUCUGUUCGGAAGGAAGCUAGACUGUGAUAUUCGGAUUCAGCUGCCACAGGUGUCUAAAGAGCAUUGUAAAAUUGAGCUGAAUGAGAACAAGGAGCUCAUUUUGACCAAUUUGAGCUCCGUGAACCCCACAUGUAUUAAUGGACAAGUUCUUAAUCAAUCAGAACGUUUAAAGCAUGGUGAUGUCAUCACAAUCAUUGAUCGUUCUUUCAGGUUUGAGUACCCACCUCCUAAAACACAGAAGAAGACGCUGUCCACACCUGGAAACGACAAAGCAGUCCAGGCUUUGCAAGAGCAGCAGGAAAAGGGCACACCUGUUCCUGUGGACAAGAGCAAGUCAGAGCAUUCGUUUGACACUUGUUUAAAAGAUGGGUCAAAUUUGCCACCAUCUGUGGAACAAACUUUUGAGAAUGAACCAGAAGGCGGCAAACUUAAAAAAGACAGUAUGUCACCUUUUUGUGAGCUGUACCAAAUGGUCAAACAGGACCUUGCUGCAAAAUCACCAUGGAAGUCGGAGCUACCAAAAACACCUCUUGCAAGACCUCAGGUUGGUCACGAGAAAGUUCUUGCUGCAGAUGUUAAAAGUAGUCCGAUACAGGUCCCAACCCCAUCUACCAAGAAGCGAAGAUCCUCAAAAUCCAAUUCUGAAGAUACAACUGUACCAGCUAUCCCUCAGAGCUCAUUGAAUGCAAAUGUGGAGGAAAAACCCAAUGACGAUAUGCUAUCUGUAGGGGCCAGUACCCCCUCAUUGAUGGAGAAAAGUAUAACUCCUUUCUCCCAGAAGAAGAGAACACCCUUGAAAACACCUCUGAAGUUCAGUGCUGGUGAGGUAGUCCAGCAGAUUCUCUUAGAGCCACGGCCUGAAGAGAAAACUCCUAAAUCCCCAAAAGGAAGGAGAAGUAGUGGAUCACAGAAUCAGAGCCUUGCUCAUCAAAUGCCUACAGUCCAGCCUCAGACUCCAGGCUCAGAGGAUAAGAACACUGAAGUGAAAAUGUCACCAAGAACAUCUCCAAGAGCAAAUGCUGGCAAAAGGUUUCAAGUCCAAGAUGCUCUGCCUAAAAUUACGGCUACCACAUCAGCUUCUAAGAAGCAAGAUGAGCUAUGUGACAGUAAUGAAUCUCACAAUGAAGUAACCAUUCCAAAAGCAAAGAAAAAGCGAGUGUCCUUUGGUGGUCUGUUAAGCCCCGAGCUAUUUGACAAACGCCUGCCUCCAAAUUCUCCCCUUUGCCGUGGGGCAACCCCACGACACAGUUUGGGUCUUUCCCAAAAACCCCAAUCUCUUCUACGACGAGCAUCUGCCAUUGGUCUUUUGGCUCUUCGACUUGAAGAAACCUUUCCAGAGGUGCAAAAACGUUCUCCAAAGAGAGCUUUACCCAAACGGACAGCAUCUCCAGCAAAGACUCCAUCACCUGGCAAAAAGGCACAGAGUACCAAGGCUAAAACUCCAUCACCUGCCAAAAGGUCACCGAGUAUCAAGGCUAAAACUCCAUCACCUAAACCUCAAAGGUCACCGAGUAUCAAGGCUAAAACUCCAUCACCUAAACCUCAAAAGUCACCAUCUGCUUCAACCAAGGCACCAACAUCAUCCUCUACUCCUGCUACACCCAGGACACCUGCAUCUGCUAAGAGAGCUUCAACUUCAGCGACUGAGGCUGUGGGUGACAUGUCUUUAACUAAGACACCUAGGGUGCAGGGGCGGUUUUCAAUCUCUCGUAUCAGUACUCCAUCACCUGUCCAGGACCAGGGGGACGAGCCUGAAACACAGUCAACCAUUGUAGAAGACGUGCCCCAGAAAUGUGUAACACCAAAGGUACCUUUAAGGAGAAAGAGCAUGAAGUCUUCUGCAAGUAAAACACCCAUAAGUGCAAUUAAAAGUGCACUUGAUGUCAUGCGUUCAAGACGCAGUGGAGCAUCACGGGCUAAUCUAAAAGUGUUGACCUCUUGGGCUGAUAUUGUGAAGUUUGGUCAGACCAAACCUCAAACGGAAGUUAUAACUAAGAAAAAAACUACGAAGAGCAGUAUAAUGAAGAAAACUGCAGUGCCAAAACCCAAGACACCUGCACGGAGGCUGAAAGAUGUUGUCAGCACUGGGCAUGCAGCAUCUCCAGUUACCAUUGUUGUUGGCAAAGCCCAUAUGAGGACUAACCAGUCUGUUGGUGCUGCUCCUAAAAUAGUGCCAAACAUAGCACUAUUCAAGAAGGACAUGAAAAUGGAUGAGGACUUGACAGGUGUUGCAGAGAUUUUCAAAACACCAGCCAACACCAGGUCUAAGAAUAGAGUUCCUGUGAAUAAUGAAUGUCCAGAGAUUCCUCUGGAUGAGAUUUCAGUGAUGAAAACACCAGAAGAAUCAGGUGAAAUGAUGGUGUCACCAUUAAGUGUGGUCUCCACUGCCAAACGUUGCUACAAUGAAGCAGUGACACGACGACUUAUGGACAACCAGGAUGGUAGUUUGUUGGAAGACGAAGGUCUUUCUCAGCUCCCUGACAACUCAAAUGAGGCAAGUUGCCAUGACAUCAUUCCAGAUGUAGAGACACCUUCUGAUGUACAAACGGAGGAAGAGGAGGCUGCACCUGAAGCAGUAGUCAAAACCCCAAAACAGAAAGCAGCACCAUCCUUGUGCCUCACUGGAGUCAAGCGACUCAUGAAGACACCCAAACAGAAGGCCGAACCAAUUGAGGACUUAAGAGGAAAGCUGCUCAAGACCCCCAAGGAAUGUAAACCUUCCCAGGAUGAAAGUCUAGAAGGUGUUAAGGAACUCCUAAAGACUCCAAAAUACAGGGGAGCUCCAGUAGAAGACAUGGUUGGAGUGAAAAGAGUGAUGCAGACCCCAAAAUUGAAGAGCAAUCCUGUACUCUGCGCAGCUGGUCUUCAGAGGCUUAUGAGAACACCCAAAGAAAAGGCUGAGCAACAUGAAGACCUGACUGGUGUGAAAGAACUGAUGAAGACCCCUAAACACAAAGGAGAACCAGUUGAAGAUCAAAUGGGUGAACAAAGGCUGAUGCAGACUCUCGAAGAGAAAGUUGAACCUGUAGAAGACUUCUCUGGAUUGAAGCAGUUAAUGCAGACUCCCAAGCAAAAAGGAGAUCCUGUCAGCAGUCAGUUUGGAAUCAGUGACCUGAGAAAGACCCCUCGACUUAAAGAAGCAAUGGCACAGGAUUCAACUGGGCUUAAAGAACAUGAACCAGAGAAUAGCUCUUCCCUGACAACAGAAAGCAGAUUGACUGAGCCUACUGAGAUUCAAGAACCAUUGGAAAGUGGCUCUGGAUUCAUGCCAGUUGAAGGUUUGGAUGAGGAAUGUGACAAAGAAAAUGUCUGUCCAUUUAAAACCAUGGAGACUGAAGUUGUAAAAUCUGUGGAUCUUCAGUGCACAGCUAAAGCAGUUGAAUCUAAUCAGAGUGAUCAAGAGGUUGAGACUGUAAUUCCCCAGGAAAGACACCCUGACCAGAAUGAAGAGUCAGUUUCAGUUGAAGCUAUUGAUGUCUUUUCUUCUGGGGCAGAUGAGAAAACCCAGGAGCAGUCUGAAGAAACUGUAUGCGUAUCUGACAAUACCAAUGCAACAGUUGAAGCUACCGCAACUUCAUCCACUGCUGAGCAAGAGGAGCUAAUCAAGUCUCCACCUGCCAACAAAAUUCAGUGUGGCAGUCGAGGAAGAGCAGCACAGAAAUCCAAAAAUGAAAUGGCCAAAGCACCUGCUGUGUUGUCAUUAAUUGAAGAGGAAAAUAUGAGUAGUCCAAUUCCUGCUAGCCCUACCAGGGGAAGGAGAGGCAAGAAACUUCUUGAAGUUCCAGAAAUAGCAGCCAGCCCAGUCAGAAAAUCAGCCCGUGGUAGAGUUCCCAAGCACAGCUUUGUGGAAGAAGAGGCAAAGAAUACGGAGGCUUCCCAAGUACUUGUAGAGUCCAUAAAUACUGAUAUACCUGACAGCCUUCCUGUCGUUACCAAAACCAGGAAAGGAAGGAAAACUAAACAAGAUUAUGCUGAUGCUGUAGUUGCGCUCACUGUUGAUGCAAAUGCUGUUGACCCACAGUGUCCUGAUGCCAAUGAAGAGCAGGUCCAAGCCCCUGUUGUGAAACCUGGGAGAAGAAAGAAGAUGGAAAAAAUAGAAAGCCAACCUUCAGAAGAACUUGAACAGAAAACAACUGAAAUUGUUUGUGAGGAAAAUGCUGUUGCACCAGAGGAUGUCAAGUUGCAGACUUCACUAGGUACUGAAACUGUCUCUGCAACUAGAGGUAGGAGGGCUAGGCCAGCAAAGAAGGAACACUUGAAAACCGAGCCAACCCCUGCUUUGGAAAGCGAAAUUACAAGCACUCAUGUUGUUGUAGUGGCUGAGAAGCCACUGACAUCUGUAGCAAAGUCAGGGCGUGGAAGGAAAGGUAAAAAAGAAACUGUCAAGUACCAACCCUUGGAUGAUGUUGAUGUCACUGUUGUUUCCAAAGCUGUGUCAGAGGCAGAUGUUGACCACAAAGAGGAUCCUCAAACACUUGUGGUCAAGUCUGGCAGAGGAAGAAAGGCUAAACAGCAGAAACCACAAAUAGCUGAAGAGGUUGUUGACCAGCCUGCUAUAGAUACCUGCACACGUUUACCUGUGACUGAAGAACACACUGAAACAGUGGUAAAAUCUGUGAGGGGGAAUAGGAAGGCAAAGCAGUCAAAGGUGACUGUUUCAGUUGAGGUUGAGGAGAACGUUGUCAGCCCAGUUGAACAAGCAGAGACCCCUGUUGUGAAAUCUGGUCGAAAAAGGGCCGUUAUUGCAAAGGAACCUGAAAUGGUUGCAGAUGUUUCUGUCAAAAGAGGUAGCCGUGCUGUUGCAGACCCUGCACCACCAGUUGCUGUGAUAUCUAGCCGUGCACGUAAAGUAGUUGCCAGGGCAGAGUCUGAGGUUACCGAGGAUAUGGCUUCAUCAGAAGAGCCUGUUAAACAUACCAGGAGAACAGCAAAAUCACCUGAAUCAAAGAAAGAAGAAAAUACCAUGAGACAAGAAUAUUCUGAAUUUGUUGCUGUUGAGAAUACAACAGUUGUUGCACUGGAGAAAGUGAAAAGAGGAAGCCAUGGCAGAAAACAGAAGGAUUCAACUAAGGGCAUCUCUAAAAACCCAAUCAAAAAAUCUGCUACAGUUGAGGAAGCUAAUGAAAUUAAACCCCCAAAAACGGUUAACUGGACCUCAGAUUUGGUCAUCUGUAAAGAUAUUGAAACUUCUACAAAUGUAAAAGAACCACAGCUGAAUAAAUCCAAAAGAUUAUGCAAAUUACCAGCUGAGACAACCUCCACAGAAUCAAAUCAAUCAGCUGAUCUGCCACCCAGAGGCCGCAGAGGGAGGGGAGCGAAAAAAGAAGAACCUCCCGUUGAAGACUCUCAAGAAGCAGCUCAGGUACAUGUCAAGCCAUUGAGGAGAGGAAAGGCAGUGGCUCCCUCUGCGCCCAAAUCAGAGCCCACUGAUAGCAAGACAUCAACUCCCCUCAAAAGGAAAAGGAAAGAGGUGAUUGAGGUAACGGAUGAGUCUGUAAAUAAGGAACCUUUGCCAAAGAGAAGAGGCAGAGUAGCCAACAGCGCUGAAGUUGCAGCAGAAAAGGCUGAGCCUACUCCCAAGAAAACUGGUAAUAGAGCUGCAAGAGGACAGAAAAGGACAGCCCAGGAACCAGAUCCAGCACCUGCCAAGGCUCAAGAGUCUGUUUUAGGAACCACCACCCGAAAAGGAAGGAGUGUGAAAAAAGUAGAGGAAGUAGACGACCCUACAGAGGCAGCUCCUGUCAGACGCACCAAGAGGAAGUAAAGCACUGAUCUUACAGACUGGUCUUAAUUAUCUAUUCUCUGUAAUCUCUAAAAAAAGGUUUAGUUUUAUAUGUUUGUAAUAUUUCAUUAUGCCUUUUUCUAUCAUUUAUUUUUUCCAGUGUAAUUUUAGCUGCUUUUAUCUUAGGGAAAACUGUUUGUGUACACUUAUCAGAUGUGUCUGUUCUCUUAAAAAAAAAAAGGAAAGGGGCAUUGAGACAUGCAGACUUGUUUUUACUUCAAGAAAAUGUUUAAAGAAUUUCUACUUUUGAACUUUUAACUUCGCUCAAAAACAUUUAUCUUCUAUAUUCCCUUCCUUCAUGUUUUUAUUUUUUAAUUUUAUUAAAAGAAUGAAGUGAGGGGUGCAAAACCAGGCUUAAUCGGUCACAAUUCUUAAGCCCAAGAGUGUGUAAUAUGCUGUAGUGUACAUGUGACAUGCUUGAAAGUUUUCAUUAAAAAGAUUUUUGUCACCUCAUGUUUGAUUGAUUUUUUUUUUCCCCUAGAUUUUUAUUAAAUCAAUCUGUCACUUGAAGAUGUUGAGACCAUUUGUUGUAUAGGUUGUAAUGCAAUGUAAAUGAAGGUGUGCCAGAAAACAGCCAGUAGGUCAAUAGUACCAUAUUUCGUGUGGGGGAGGGGAGCACCUGUUACACAAACUGUAAAUGGUGUAUAUCCACUGCAUUUACAGCAGUUAAAUUACCAUGGUAUAUUGUAUAAAAUCAUGGUAAUGAACACUACAAUAAUACCAAAUGUACAACAGCAUAAAUGAUCUCAGAAAUCAUGUUUUGUAUUGUGUUCUGUGUACUUGGUAUUAUGAUGUUGAUGUACAAAUUUGAACAAGAUGGGUAAAAGCUCAAUUCUAAGAUUGCCCAAAAAGUUUUUUGUCCUUGCUGCUCUGGACAGUAAGAGAGCAAACCUAUGACAUCAAGUGAGGUUUACAACA